ACUUAAUUGGAGGCGCGCGGAUCGCCGGGGGGCAGUGCCAAGAUGUCGGCCGCGGUGCCGGAGCUGAAGCAGAUCAGCCGGGUGGAGGCGAUGCGCCUGGGGCCGGGCUGGAGCCACUCGUGCCACGCCAUGCUGUACGCCGCCAACCCCGGGCAGCUCUUCGGCCGCAUCCCCAUGCGCUUCUCAGUGCUGAUGCAGAUGCGCUUCGACGGACUUCUUGGCUUCCCCGGGGGCUUCGUGGACCGGCGCUUCUGGUCGCUGGAGGACGGACUGAACCGGGUGUUGGGCCUGGGCCUAGGCUGCCUGCGCCUCACCGAGGCCGACUACCUGAGCUCGCAUUUGACCGAGGGCCCGCACCGCGUCGUGGCGCACCUGUACGCGCGGCAGCUGACGCUGGAGCAGCUGCACGCCGUGGAGAUUAGCGCGGUGCACUCGCGCGACCAUGGCCUGGAGGUGGGGCCGCCGCCCGGGCCCUGCCCCCCACCCCGGGGUUUGGCUCUGGCCCCGCGGAAGGCACCGAUGGGUGCUGGGGCUUGUGCGGGUCCCACUGUAUACCCAGAAGGACCGAGUUGGUGGCUUCCCCAACUUCCUGAGCAAUGCCUUCAUCAGCACAGCCAAGUACCAGCUCCUCUUCGCCCUCAAGGUGCUCAACAUGAUGCCCGAGGAGAAGCUGGCUGAGGCCGUGGCUGCAGCCACAGAGAAGCAAAAGAAGGCCCUGGAGAAGCUGCUCCCAACUUCUUCUUGAGGUUGCUCCAGUGCCGUGUGUCUGUUGCCUUCCCCCGGCUCUGUCUGUGCCCACGAAUUGAAACUAGGCCCUGAAUUCCUGUGGGAGUGCGUCUUCUAGCACAGCGGUCCCCAGCCUUUUUAGCACCAGGGACCCGUGCUCCUAUAAGAAUCUAACGCCUGAUGAUCUGAGGUGGAGCUGAGGCAGUGACGCUAGUGCUGGGGAAUGGCUGCAAAUACAGAUGAAGUUUUGCUCGCUAGCUGCUCACCACCUGCUGUGCAGCUCACUUCCUAACAGACCACAGGCCUGGUGGUUGGGGACUCCAUUCUAGCGUGUUUCUGUUUGUACCCCUUUCUGACUGCGUGGGACAAAUUGGCAUCUCAUCUCCACUGCCCUGAGUAGUCACAAAGCCAGGUGGGACCCUCUCAGGACGGUCAGUGGGUAGACCUGGUUCUCCAGGCUCAGGACAUUCUCACCCACCUCCAAGCUCAAACCUGCCUAUGUGAAAGUCUUACGGGCUGGUGGAGGCCCAGGUACCACUGGAUUUUCCAAGUGGAGAGGUGUGCGCCCACUUAGACCAGUGAGAAAUCUGUUCUCAUCGAGAAUGCCUUUACCUGGGUUGACUCAUUCUUGCAUCCUGCCCUAUGGUAGCCCCAGAGCCUAGAGAACUAGCUUGGGCAGGAUGUUGUACUGUUAAUUUUGGCUCAUUAGCUUUACUUGGUUAGAUUUCAUUCUCUGUGGUGUGUGAACUGUGGGUAAGGCUUCAGAACAGCUUUACCCCACUGAGGCUUGGUCCCUGAGGACAGUCGGGGCCAUGGGCCCAGCUGUAGGUGCGAGUUGUUGGAGAAGGAACAGUAAAAUGGCUCCUCUACUACGCUGUCCUUUGAUCUUGACUACAGGCCCGGGGCUGGGCAUUACAGGGCAUCCCCUUCUCCCACUACCUGGGGACUUAAAGACAGGGACGGGCCCAAGAGCGUUUAGAGUGGGGCUGCUGUAGGCCACCUGUCUCACGUGGUGGUGCUGUCCAUCUCCCUUUGUUUACUUGUGGCACUGCCAAGCCUUGACUCUCUGGGCCAUCGGCUGGUCUGGGGCUUCUGUGCUGAGACUGCCCACAUGAGGCCCCUUUUGUGAUCCUGGUGGCUCUGGCUGCACCUGGUCUGAGUUUGGUUCUCCUUCCUGUGCUUUGAAAGCCUCCCUUUUUCCAUUCCCAGUACAGUCUGCAGGCAGCUCCCCGGGAUGGUCUGGAAGCACUGGCUGAGUGUGCAGAAUGACAGUAGAGCCACCACAGACAGGAAGGCCACCACUGGCAGUCUCCUAUGGCCCUGUGUUUGGCAAGACUCUUCAGUGAAGCUACUGGAAAGUUUCCACGGUGCCUGCCCGGCCUGGUAAGGAAAACUACUCCCGGCCCAGCCUGGCAUCUGUUCUACCUUAGAGCCUUGAUGAAGCAGCCACACUGGGCAAAGGCACUUCACUCUGUAAAUAAAAUACCUGUACCUUG